AUGGCUGCACCCAGAUACAGUAGUACUACACUUGCUGAGGAUGUUCGCUCGGAUUCAACUUUCAGGAUACCCCUCAUUGACUUCGCAGCUUAUAAACAAGCUACCUCUUUGGCUGAGAAGCGUUGCAUCGCGGAUGACAUUGUAAACGGUUUCAAGGAAGUUGGCUUCGUGUAUUUGACAGGCAAUGUGAUUGCACCUGAGACAGUCAACAGCGUAUUCCAGAAGGCUAGUAUUCGCAUUUUGAAAGCGAGUGCAGAAUUCUUCCAAUUACCUGAAGAGACCAAGGCAAGGCUGGCAUGGGACGACCCCAAGGCUAACCGUGGUUAUGUCCAAGUUGGCCGUGAACGUGUCACUACUUCACAGGACGCGGCCGAGAUCGCUGCACUACGUGCAAAGGCUCCAGACACCAAAGAAACUAUGGAAAUUGGGCGCGACAACCAUCCUAAUUUCAGUAACAAGUGGCCUCAGGAAACCGAGGCACCCGAGUUUAAGGAGACGAUGCUCCAUUUUUUCCAGACUUGCCACGAAGUGCAUACUAUGGUCAUGAGAUCGAUUGCGUUAGGUCUUGACCUUCCCGAGGAUUUCUUCGACGAGAAGAUUGAUCGUCAGGACCAUAACUUACGGCUUUUAUCCUAUCCUCCUAUCCGAACCUCUUUACUUUUAGGCGAUGAUCAAGCUAGGGCAGGUGCUCACACAGAUUAUGGAACCUUGACACUCUUGUUCCAGGACUCUAUUGGUGGUUUAGAGGUCCAGAACCCUCACACGAAGCACUAUCAACCUGCUUCACCCAUACCCGGAACCAUUGUCGUCAACGCUGGGGACCUUCUGGCGCGCUGGAGCAACGAUGUCUUCCGCUCAACCCUCCAUCGUGUAGUCGCCCCGCCUGCAAUAAAGGUCAACGAUACCGAAGGCAUGACGCCCGCACGGCAGUCAAUUGCAUUCUUCUGCAACCCGAAUUUUGACGCCAUCAUUGAGAGUUUGCCCAGUUGCACAAGCACAUCCAAUCCAAGCAAAUACCCUCCGCUCACUACAGAGCAAUAUAUUGUAGGACGUUUGGCAGCUACUUACUCAUGAGUUACGUUAGAUACGAGAUUCUGAUGAACAAUGUAUAUUAUUUGUGGUGCGAACAACGAUGAUACAUUACGAGUCGAAUGCAAGGUGGUGUCUAGAUGGCCGAGCAUGUAUGC